GAGGCGUCAGUACGUAGCCCAUUGUUCAAGUGUUCCGAGUACUGAAUAAGCGUUGGAUAUGUCACCUACACGAAACCACUGAUGAAAGAAGAAAACGGGGCAAAGUCUCAAAGGCGGAAAGGUCGUCAUCGAGAUACAGAUAGUCAGUUCGUCAAACGUUGGAUGGUGACGCUAGCCUGCGGGUGUGCUUGCGUCAUUCUCAGUAUGUCUCUUAUGCUGUCCGUCUGGAAAAACCGACAGCUGACGCAACAAGCUCAGUUUGUAGAGGCUCAAAGAUUCAACGUAGCGUUGCAGCGUGGAAAAGGUGUCCAUAACGUGCAUAACCGAGCCUUCUCUAAAUUUCAAGAGCUGCACCAUCACGUGAUUAGAAAUGGUGAGAGAUAUCCUGGUGUUGUGAAGUAUAAAGACCAAGAUGCAAUCAACAAUUCGGAUGACGAUGACGUCAAUGAGAAUGGCAGUGACGACAAACGGGCAGAUGCAACAUCAAAAGAAGGACGUGGCAGCAGAAGAAGGUCUGAUGAAGAUAACACAAAGUCAAUAUCAGAACACGAAUCACAGCAAGAGAGUGUAGAGGAAUUGAAGGAGAAAGUUAGAAAAUUACGGGAUGUUUAUAAUGCCAAAGUGACUAAACACAGGCAAAGACGUGCAGCUGGAGAACCAAUUUCUCCCCAAGAUGAGUCUGCAUUAAUGCAAGAACUCAAAGAAAUGCGAGUCGAGUACUACAAAAUGAUUAAUCAAGUAAAACACAUGCGAGGCAAUCAAAGCCAACCAGGAGUUUCAACACGACAGGAUCGUUCUGAGAGGCACAGACAAGCACAGAGGAUUCAAGAAGAAAAAUAUGCGAGCAAACAGCUGAGGGAUAAUUUCUUGAAAGGUGAGCACCGAAUGAUUCGAGAAGCUGCUGCUAGAGACGAUUAUCCAAGAGCAGAUGAAAUCAGACCGUAGUUGAAAAAGCAUAUCUUCUUCAAAUAGGUUUACUAAAUAGAGGACUAUGUAUGUACAAGUAACACUACAGACGUUUAAUAGUUUCGUGAUGGGAAGCAGCAUCAAAUUUGGUUUAGUUAAAGAAAGAAAGAAUGUAAAAGGAACUGGUGUAUGCAUUUAGUUGAUGUCAAAGCUUAUAUAAUGCAAGCUUCUUCCCAGAUUAAGAAGGGACUUUUCAGAAAUUACAUCAUUUACUUUAGUA